AUGAUCCAACUACUCCGUCUCAACGCGCCACUCAUCCAAUCGAUUCGUCACAACUGCCCGUGGCACCGGAACAGCUUCCGGCCGUGCUUCUUCCCCUACAAGAUGCAGGAGAAGCUCAACGUGGACACGGUCGAGAAGCGGACGGAGACCCGAGGAGGCCGACUGAUGCUGAUGCGAAGGAUUCUACGCGAGCAGAAGUUCCUUGGAUACGUGACGAAGCCGGCGGACUCGAAGAAGAUCUCAUACCCAUUGUAG